UUUAAUAGAGUUAUUUCCCUUGGUAUAGUUCCUAAUGAAGUAACAAAUUUAAGAUCUAAAGUAGCAGUAACUUUUGGUGAUCAGUCGGAAUUGGUCCGUGGUCGACUGAAAGACGCAAACAAAUCCGCUACUUUUAACGUGUUGUGGACAACAGAAGAACAAAAAAGACUAGAAGAUUGUUUAAUACAGUUUCCACCAGAAGAAGUGGAGGCUAGAAGAUGGCAAAAAAUAGCAACCGCUCUUGGUAAUAGAACCACACAACAGGUAGCAAGUCGUGUCCAGAAAUAUUUUAUAAAAUUAGCUAAAGCUGGUUUACCGGUACCUGGUCGAACUCCCACUGUAGGAACACAGUUUAAAAAGGCAGGUCAUCGCCAUCAUCGAUAUAAUACAUUUUCUCAGCAUUCCACCUUUCUCCAAUCCCAUGAACCACCAGUAUAUAUGUCUGAUGAUGAUGACUCAAUGAGUUAUACUGGAAGUUUUGGAGGUAAUGAAACAGAAUUUUUACAGACAAGAAUUUUAGAUUAUGAUAGUGAUGAUGAACAGAUUCCUGUUGAAUUGAGAAACACACCAGAAUAUCAGCAACUAGUCAAAUUAAAACAAUUACGUAAAGAAAAAGUGCGAUCAGAGUGUAAAAUGUUUCAACAUACAGGUUACAAGUGUGAUAAAUGUGACUGUGAACCUAUUAUUGGCACCAGAUGGCACUGUACAGAUUGUCCAACAGAAGAAGCUGUAGAUUUCUGUGAUUAUUGUGCUGAUAGUUAUUAUGAGUCUUCAAGUCACAAUUCAAGUCACAAGCUUCAAGCCAUUGAUACAUCUACAAGAGAACCAGUAUUAGAUGCCGAUUAUAUGAGAUUUAUGCCUGGAGAUUAUAAUUAUCUUGAUCCUAAUUAUAUGCCAGCAAACUAAUACUGGUACAUUUACUAAUAAAUAUGAUAAAUGCUA